AACUUUUUAAAGUGAAUAUUAAGCAGGCUAUUUAUGAAGGCGUGUAUGCGUGUGGCUGUUGACAGUAAUGAAGUGUGUCAGUCUCUUCAGCGGUACCGUGAGUUAAAGUCCUCAGACAUUCCUAUGCAGUGACACCUCAGUAGAUCAGCUAUUGUGCUCGCGAGCGGCUCUGCUGCUGCUGACUGAAUGAGUUUCCCGCCAGCUUAAACGCAACACAGUUUUUAAUACGGUUGCUGCUGCUGCGAGGCUUUGCAAAUUUAACAGUCAUUUUCUGAAACCACGAUGAAGUUUCAUCCUCUCUCGCGUGAGAGACGGUUUUCUGGUUUGACUUUCUGCAGCGUGUUCUGAGCCUCGAGGUCUUGGGAGAAGAGGUUAAAGUCGGGAGGGGCGAAUAAAUUGAGAAGACGCAGCCAUCGCUUACUUCUGUAGUCAUUCUAAAGCUUCCACUUCAGGCAGACCCACAGAGAUACUCUCUCUAAUCUCAAGACCAUCGUCUCUAGGGCUAGUUUGCCAGAAGCUUGUGCUCGUGUAAAUUGAGCAAGGAGAAUCUGUCAUCAGGUGCCUAAUGAUAUGAGGGUUCGUGUGGAAAGACAGGCGCAUAUUGGCCUCAUGAGCCCAUGGCCUCCGAGGGGGCUUCCGCUGUGCUGGGAGUGAAGAGUCUUGGUAAGGAGACUUCAGCAAGUAAUGGAGAUGCUCUCAUAACCGGGAACUACGGCUUGCCUGAGAGCGAAUCCCCUCAGACACCUGUCCAUUAUCCGUUUGACCCUUUUGAGGGGGACUCACUGGGCGCAGAGUGCAGAAUACGAAAGUCUUUGGAUACUAGGUCUAAGAGUUUGGAUUGCUUAGACAAUACCUACAGGUCCAAAUACUGCAGCUGUGGGGCUGCAAGGCACGGGGAAGAAGGGUUGUACGUUUGCCAGAUGUGUGGGUUUUGCGAUCCAGUGGAAAGCGAAGCAGGCUGCCCGGAGAAUAGCUUUCCUCCUAGAAGCUGGGGAGCAGUGCCCCAGCAGAGGAAAGCAGAAGAGAUUUCUUCUGAUGUUCCUUGCCUUGCUGGAGGACAGCCAGCAUUGAGUGGCUCAGAUGGUAAACUGUGCCAAAUUGAAUUAGUCAUCGGCCAAAACACGGAAAGCCUGCCGUUCUGUGGGCUGGAUUUGAGGCGAAGCAGCGUGCCAGUAUCUUCGCCACAGGGCCCUCAAUGCGCCAAUGGCUGCGGCACUGCUGCGAAUAACAAAAUGCGAGACAGAAUAGACUUUGUAUGUGCAGUGUGUCAUAAAAAUGGAUUCUCUAGUCUGGAAAGGCUUAACCGGAAAACCAAGCCCAUGUGCUCUCAGGACAGGUGCCUUAAGAGGUCCACACCCUUCAGGUUGUCUGCAAGUCAGGACUGUAGUGAUAGUGAGGGCACGGUGUCCGACAGCGAGUUUGUGCGAAACAAGAAAGAGCGCUCUACUGUCCUGGUCAGGAGGUAUCUCAAGAACAACCAGAAAAUUAAAAAGACUGUGUGCACAGGCACCAGAGCUAUAGUGAGGACUCUACCCACCGGCUGCAUCUCCGACAGAGUCUGGGAGUCUGUUUGUGGGAAAACAUGCCACCUCGGCGAGAGGCGCGCGCAUGAGGCGAGAGGAUACAGCAGAGCGCUUCAGGCCAUCCAGCUGCAGGUUUCCAGGGCCCUUCUUAUCUACCCAGGGGUCAAGUAUGCAGAGAUUGGCCAUGUUGUUCCUACGCUGAGUCCUGAAGUCCAUCUCCUGAACCCAUCCAGGAAGCUGCUUGCCCAAACUGUGUCAUGGCCGCCGGUCUCCACGUUGCAGAUUAGAUUUCGGGCUUGUCCUCCUAGAACCAGCAUUGCAGCUUAUCUGAGUGGGGCCCUGCUGGAGGCGACAGCUGCUCUCGGGGCCCGAAGUUCUCUGCCCAGCUUCACUGUUGGCUCCACAGGUCGACCAAUGCUUAAAGAACGGCAGCUGUGCAGCUCCAUGGCCAACUCCAACAUCCUCCCGUCUGCCGUGACGGGCAUCAGUAAGGAACUAGCUGAUCUGCGGCACCUCAUCCAGUUUCCCGAGGAGAUCGCCACCAUCCUGACAGAACAGGAGCAGCAGUUGUACCGUCGCGUCUUUCCCCUUGACUACCUCAGCUUUCUCACCCGAGACCUGGGCAGCCCAGAGUGCCACAAACGCCACCCGCACCUAAAAGCCUCCCUGUCUGCCCCCAUCAUGCCCACUCAGAACGACCAUCACAACACGGUAGAAGAUCUCGUCACAAGAUUCAACGAGGUGAGCUCAUGGGUGACCUGGCUUAUCCUGACUGCGGGGUCCAUGGAGGAGAAGAGAGAAGUCUUCUCAUACCUUGUCCAUGUGGCGAAGUGCUCCUGGAACAUGGGCAACUACAAUGCGGUCAUGGAGUUCUUGGCAGGUCUCAGGUCGCGUAAAGUGCUGAAGAUGUGGCAGUUCAUGGACCAGGCAGAUAUUGAGACCAUGCGUGGUCUAAAGGACGCCAUGGCCCAGCACGAAUCAUCAUCUGAGUACAAGAAAGUGGUCAACCGUGCGCUCAACAUCCCAGGAUGCAAAGUGGUGCCCUUCUGUGGUGUGUUCCUCAAGGAGCUUAGUGAGGCUCUGGACGGUGCAGCCAGCAUUAUUGCACUACGUCCCUCUUUUGAUUCUCAAGAAGAUCCUGUUGAGUUUGUCACCGAAUACAACGGCCAGCAGCACUUCCUGCAGAGGGUUGGGAGCGAUGGGCUCCACAGCUCAGACAAGGAGGCGACUGUCAGUAACAUUUUGCAGACAAUUCGCAGUUGCAACCGAAGCUUGGAGGCCGAGGAGCCUGAGGAGAAAGCACGAGAGAUCACAGUUUCCCCUAAAAAUUCCUUCAAAGACAAGAGCAGAAACCAGUUUUUAGUAGGGGACCUCUCAGACUCUGAAGGGGACCCAUUUGAGGUGGCUAAGGACAUAGACCUCCAGACCACAGAAGAGGUGAAUGGACCCUUUAGCCAUGGUACGGAGCAUCCUUGGUACGUGCUCUCACUUCAGCCAGAUAUCCACCAGUUCUUGCUCCAAGGAGCAACCGUCAUCCACUACGACCCCGAGACCCAUCUCACCGCCCGUUGCGUCCUUCGCCUACAGCCUGAUAACUGUUUCCUCACCUGGUCCAAGCCCCACAGUAGCUGUGGCCCAGGUGGAAGAGCCAGAGGCUUCAUGGGACAUCCAACAUCCCCAGACCACUUACCCCUGGGCCAACCUGUGCACUGCGGACUGUCCGACGGACUCCUGGACCUUAAUGUGGUGAAGGCUGUGUUUAUGGGUCACCCUGGAGUGGAUGUUAACUUUGUGUGCUUGCAGCACAAACUGUGUAACAUGAACCCUGGCGAAAAUGGUGUCACACUGCUAUAUGGACUUCAUACCACAGACAACAGGCUCCUGCAUUUUGUGGCCCCAAAGCAUACAGCCCGCAUGCUGCACAAGGGCCUCCAGGAGCUACUCAGUGCCAUCAGGAAGAUCAGGAAAUUUCCUGACCAGAGACUGCAAUGGCUGCGAAAGCAGUAUGUUAGUUUGUACCAGGAGGACGGUAGAUUUGAGGGACCCACACUGGCCCAUGCUAUUGAACUGUUUGGUGGUAGACGCUGGAAUAUGGGUGCUAGUGGCCCUGGAUCCGCCAGCAAGAGUGCAGAGAAGAACUCAGUCCAGAAAAACAGUCCACUGGGCAUCAACUCCAAUAUCAAAAAGAAGAAGAAAACCUUAGUCAGGGGGGACAGUGGUGAUGGAACAGAUGAUGAGAUGAUCUCACGCAAGACCAGGAGCUGUAAGGAGACUUUAGGGAGGAGAGAGUCUGACCCUUUGGAAAGUGUCGAGCAGGAAGAGACUGAGGACUGCAGUACUUCUGGCCACCCUGGACCCUUUUCCUUAUCCUACAGCAAAGGCCAGUCUCCUGGAUUCUCCUUGUCCUCUUCCUCCUCUUCCUCUGGCUCCUUUAGCACAAACAUCUCCACCCCUACACGCCCCCAUUCCUCCCCAAUUCUCCCCAGCAACUCCAAAAGUCAGCCAGGGGCCUGGAGCAGUCGGAGCUGGCAUGGACGAGGGAAAGGUUGCUUCAGGGGCUUCCAGGAACUCAUGAUCUCUGACAGCAUCAUGAGCUUUGUUGAAUUUGUCGAGCUCUUCAAGUCUUUUAGCAUUCGCAGUCGCAAGGAUCUGAAGGAACUGUUCGACACCUACGCCGUGCCAUGUAGUCGUUCGGGUCCUGAUUCUGUUCCUCUCUACACCACACUGAGGAUUGACGACAAACUUACGGGUCUACAACCAGAUCUUGAUCUCCUAACUCGCAACGGCUCUGACCUGGGUCUUUUUAUCCGCACGCGGCAGCAAAUGUCUGAAAACCAGAAGCAGAUUUCAGAUGCCAUUGCAGCUGCUAGCAUUGUGACCAAUGGCACCGGAGUGGAGAAUUCAUCGCUGGGUGUGCUGGGAUUGGCCAUCUCUCAGCUCAAUGACUUCUUGGUCAACUGUCAGGGAGAACAUCUGAGCUAUGAUGAGAUCCUCAGCAUCAUACAGAAAUUUGAGCCUUCUUCAAACAUGCGUCAGAUGGGGUGGAUGUCGUUUGAAGGAUUUGCCAGAUUUCUAAUGGACAAGGACAACUUUGCCUCUAAAAACGAAGAGUCUCAAGUAAACCUGGAUGAGCUCCAGUAUCCGCUCUCGUACUAUUACAUCGAGUCCUCUCAUAACACAUACCUCACGGGCCAUCAGCUGAAGGGAGAGUCUUCAGUGGAGCUUUACAGCCAGGUUUUGCUGCAGGGCUGUCGUAGCGUUGAGUUGGACUGCUGGGAUGGGGACGACGGCAUGCCUGUUAUUUACCAUGGACAUACUCUCACUACUAAGAUUCCUUUCAAGGAUGUUGUCGAGGCCAUCAAUCGUGCAGCGUUUGUGAACUCAGAGAUGCCUGUGAUUCUGUCCAUUGAAAACCACUGCUCUUUACCACAGCAACGCAAAAUGGCUGAGAUUUUUAAGACGGUGUUCGGAGAGAAGCUGGUGACCAAGUUCCUGUUUGAGAGUGAUUUUGCGGAUGAGCCUUUGCUUCCAUCUCCUCUGCAGCUCCGAGGGAAGAUCCUCCUCAAAAAUAAGAAGCUGAAAGCUCACCAGGCUCCAGUUGACAUUCUCAAACAAAAGGCACAUCAACUGGCUCACAUGCAGGCUCAGGCCAACAACGGCACAGUCAGCGGAACGUCCCUGGGAAACAAUGACGAAGAAGAGGAGGAGGAAGACGAGUAUGACUAUGAUUAUGAGUCACUGUCUGAUGACAAUAUUCUGGAUGACAAACCCGAAGGCAAGUCAUCCACUGAGAAACUUCAAUACGAGUCCAACGACGAGAUGCCGAAGCGGUUUAAGAAAGCGGGAAGCAAAGGAAAGAUGUUCGACAUGGAACUAGGAGAGGAGUUCUACCUGCCCCAGAAUGAGAAGGAGAGCAGACAGAUCGCUCAAGAACUCUCUGAUCUGGUCAUCUACUGUCAGGCUAUCAAAUUCCCAGGCCUCUCCACCCUCUCCCCAUCAGGCUCUGGAAGGGGAAAAGACAGAAAAAGCCGGAAAUCCAUUUUUGGCAGCGCUCCUGUUCGCGGAAGCCCCGGGGAGCCCGUGACGUUGGUCCGAGCUCCAGGGAAAGCCAGUCUGGAGGGCAUUCGUAUGAACUGGGAGGAACAAACAUCACUGACGCUGAGCCCGAGCACCUCUCUUAGCUCCAUCAUCCGCACACCCAAAUGCUACCACAUCUCCUCUGUAAAUGAGAACGCCGCAAAGCGUUUAUGUCGUCGCUACUCCCAGAAGCUCAUCCAGCACACCAGCUGCCAGCUGCUCCGCACAUACCCAGCGGCCACACGCAUCGACUCUGCCAAUCCCAAUCCUCUCAUCUUCUGGCUGCAUGGAAUCCAGCUGGUCGCCCUCAACUAUCAGACUGACGACCUGCCAAUGCAGCUGAACGCAGCUCUGUUUGAGGCUAAUGGUCACUGUGGUUAUGUACUGAAGCCUCCGGUCCUGUGGGAGCGAAGCUGCCCCCUCUAUCAGCACUUUUACCCUCUGGACCGAGACCUGGAGAACAUGACCCCUACGCUCUACACUGUCACUAUUGUUUCAGGGCAGAACGUGUGUCCGGGUAACUCAAACGGCAGUCCCUGUGUAGAAGUGGAGGUGUUGGGUAUGCCGGCAGACAGCUGCCAUUUCCGUACCAAGCCCAUACACCGCAACACACUCAAUCCCAUGUGGAAUGAGCACUUCCUGUUCCACGUGCACUUCGAGGAUAUGGCGUUUCUGCGCAUUGCUGUCGUGGAGAACAACAGCUCGCAGGUCACCGCUCAGAGGAUACUUCCCCUCAAAACCCUCAAACCAGGCUACAGACACCUGCAGCUGAGGAACCUGCACAACGAGGCUCUGGAGGUCUCGAGUCUAUUCAUCUUCAGCCGCAGAACGGAAGAGAGCCCCACCGGAGGACCGCUGCCUGCGUCUGUGCUGUUCAGCACGGAGGAAAGACGCGCCGCUCAGCAGCACAAAGUGACAGUGCAUGGAGUUCCAGGCCCUGAACCCUUCACCGUAAUGUGCGUUGAUGAAUACACCACGGCCAAACAGCUUCUGGACUCUUUGUUUCCGACUACCUCCUUCAACUACUUCCUCACGGAGGAGCGAACGCCUCUGUCGAAGGAGAAGAGCGAGUCAAAGAAAGCUCCUCAGCAGCGCCCCCUAGCGAACGACGAACGGCUCCUGAAAGUUCUUCACAGCUGGCAGCCAGAGGAAGGAUAUGUGGGCAGAAUAUGCCUGAAAACCAAGGAAGAGAACUUCAAUGAGAAGAAUCUAGUGACGGAGGGGGUGGAGGAGGUGAGCAGUGGAGAGGAGGACACGUUCUUCGUGCAGGUUCAUGAUGUUUCUCCUGAGCAGCCGCACACUGUCAUCAAAGCCCCCCGUUACAGCACAGCCCAGGACAUCAUCCAGCAGACUCUGAGCAAAGCCAAGUACUCUCUGAGCAUCCUGAGCAACCCUAACCCAUGUGACUACGUCCUUAUGGAGGAGGUUACCAAAGACGCGGGCGGUAAGAAAUCAUCCUCCGCUAAAGCGUGUCAGCGUGUGCUGCAGGACCAGGAGUGUGUGUUCCAGGCUCAGAGCCGGUGGAAGGGCGCCGGGAAGUUCAUUCUCAAGCUCAAAGAGCAGAUCGCCCGCGAGGACAAGCGUAAGGGCGUGUCUUUUGCCAGCGAGCUGCGGAAGCUCACGGGUCGGAGUCGGAGCUUGACUGUGAACACGAGCACGAACGGCCCGGCGGCCCAGGAGCCGGCACACAAGUCUCUGUCGACGGGGCUGAAGGCCUGGAUGGCCGAGGGACGCUUGGGUUCUCAGAGACUGUGCGCGGAACACCCCGUGUCCCAGUGUGGCGGUGGCGCCCCCGCCCCCUCCGGCUGGUCCCUCCCGCUGCUGUGGAACUGGAAGCUGCAUAAAUGAGUCCAGAGCCAGAGCAGCACCUCUAGUGUUCACUCCUCUCACACGGCUCAGGCUGCUUCAGGAAGACACAGUACAGCCUGAUGGAAAGCGUACAGCUGUUCGUGCUCGUCUUUCACGGUCGUGCAGUGGCCCAGGUGUGAUUUGGGCUGGCUGAUGGGUCGUGGAAGGGUUCAGUCAGUUCAGCAGCCUGUUGUUGUUGUUGUUGUAAACGGAUGUCAGAUGAAGGCAGUUUCUCCUCACUUCUAUUCUUCUUCUUCUUCUUCUUCUUCUUGUCCUACUUCAACAGUACUGUAAGUCAUGAAUGCAUUCAUAUGCAUUUCAUUUUCUUUUGUGGUUUUGCACAUUACUAUUAUUUUAAGUCCAGCUAUUUGAAAGUUGAAUACUUUAUUUACAUCCCUGUUUUGGAUUGCUGAAAUUAAAUCAAGCAUGAAAAUGCCUCCAGCACAUUAGUAUCACACUAGAGUUAUUUUUUUUAAGCAAAUCUUAGGAUUUCUUUAAUUCAUGUGUAUGGUGUGAUUUAUUCAGAGUUCAGAGCAAAUGCACACAAGAUGUUUCGAAGGAUGCGGGGCAGAUUUGUUCUGCAUAUUUUAGCAGCUAGUUGAAUUUGAUGGCUUUCAUUGCACAUGUAGAUCACACUGCAUUUAAAUGACCAACAGCAAACAAUGUAAGAUGUAGAGCGGUGCCUUUCUAUACACUGCCACAAAUCUAUUUACAGUAUUAGAAAAACAAGCAUUUGAAGAAACGCCACUUUAAAUGUUGCCUUUUUUUUUAAUUUAUUUUUUUGGAAGUAUAUACGUUACUGUAUUUUGAGAUUUCUUUCAUUAGAGCUAGGAAAAAUUUUAGGUUAGUUUUAUUUUUAAUUUUUAAAAAAAUAUUUUUUCUUGCAUUUCCCUCAAUUUUAAAUGGCUCCUUUGAGAUCCAUCAUCAUCACUUUUGAAAUAUUUGAAUUAAAUUAUCAGUAAAAUUGAGGUCUAUUAUGGAAGCUUGUUUCCACCACUAAAUAAAAAAGGUAAUAGUAGCGACUUUUUAGCUCACAAUUGCAAGAUUUAAAUUUGCAAUUGCAAGUUAUAAAGUCUAUAAUAUAUGCAAGAUGUAGUUGCAAUUCUGACUUUUCUUCAGUUCACAAUUCUUUCUCAGAAUUGUGAGAUAUAAACUUGAAACCACCUUUUAUUUAUUUCAUGGCGGAAACAAGCUUCCAUAGUUUAUACCCCAUAUGACCAAUGUAAUAAAUAAGUUUCAUUAUUUCCUAUGUGUUAAAUGAAAACUAUAAUUUAUUCAUGUGAUUUUUAAUCUCUCUGCAUAGCAGUUGAAUCCCCUGCUUAACUUUCUUUAUGGUUGAAAAGGACUUCACCUUUGUUUUGAACUUUAAGUGGUCCAUUUUCUUUCUUGAAGUGAAAUCUUUCCUAACUAAUUGCAUGUUAUAGCCCAGGUUGGCUGUACGUUUCCAGAUAGUGUACAUAUGAAUGAGAGUACAUAAUUAUGAAAUCUGCAUUUAUUUAUUAAGGGCAUCAGUGCUCCUCCAGUCUGUUCAUACUGUAUGAAUGGAUAAUGUUUGUAUUUUUGUAAUUUAAAUUUUUAGUCAUCUUGAGAGAUAUUAAAUAUUUUGACAUUAAGUGAAGGUAGGGCACCAGAAAGUGUAUUUUAGGUGUGUGGUACACUACAGCAUUGUCUUUUAAAUAUGUUUUCAAUGUAUAUUUACCAUUACUUUGUUUUGAACAAGCAACUGUAAAAACUUUUUAGCGUGACGCAAUGCUGUUAUUUUAUUGCAUCGAUAGUCUCUUUGGAGUUUAAAACAUGUUGAACUUUCUACUUGUGAUGGUUUUCAGCACACGUAAAACUAUAGGAAUGUAUCGUCAAUAUUGUGAUGUCAAUAUUGGGUUAUUUGUUUACUUGAAACCACAGAAUCAACCACUUUCAUCAAUAAAUAGUGUUGAAAAACCAAUUUUGGGUGAAACGUGUACUUCUACAUCAGUGCAUAUGCUAAAUGAUGUCAAUAAAAAAAAAUCAAAGAUGA